AUGCAGCCGCCGCACCAGCCGCCGAUGAACGGGCAGCAGGGCGCGCCCCCGCCACAGGGCUCUGGGGCGCCGGCGCCGCCUCCGCAGCAGCAGGCGCCACCGCCGCCGUACUACCAGCAGCAGCAGCCGCCGCAGUACUACCAGCAGGGGCCGCCCCCGCAGCCGUGGGGCCAGCCGCAGCAGUAUCCUCCGCCGCCGCAGCAGUACGCUCCCCCGCCGCAGCAGUACGCGCCCCCGCCCCAGCAGUACGCUCCGCCGCCACCCCAACAGUACGCUCCUCCGCCGCAGCAGUACGCGCCUCCGCCACAGCAGUACGCGCCGCCGCCACAGUACGGGACCGCGCCGGGAAGUGGCGAGAUCAGGUCUCUUUGGAUCGGAGAUCUCCAGUACUGGAUGGACGAGAGCUACCUUAACUAUCACGCCUUCGCGCCCGUGGCGCCACAGAUUGCCAAUGUGAAAAUUAUAAGGAACAAACAGAAUGGGCAGUCUGAAGGUUAUGGUUUUAUUGAGUUUCACACCCGAGCUGCUGCAGAAUAUACUCUGAUGAACUUCAAUGGGCGGAUGAUGCCGAAUGUUGACAUGGCUUUUAAGCUAAACUGGGCAUCCGCUAGCGCUGGGGAUAAGCGUGGGGACAAUGGUUCUGAUCACACAAUAUUUGUUGGUGAUUUGGCUGCUGAUGUUACCGAUUCCAUGUUGGAAGAGGUGUUCAGAGCUAGCUACCCUUCAGUUAGGGGGGCCAAAGUUGUUAUUGACAAGCCCACUGGACGCCCCAAAGGAUAUGGUUUCGUGCGCUUUGGAGAUUUGAAUGAGCAGGCACGUGCUAUGACUGAGAUGAAUGGAAUGAUGUUAUCUACAAGGCAGAUGAGGAUUGGACCUGCAGCUAACAAGAAGAAUAUGGAUGCCCAGCAGACAUAUGCAACUAAUGGAGCAUACCAGAGCUCUCAAGGAAAUCUUUCGGAGAAUGAUCCCAACAAUACAACAGUCUUUGUGGGUGGGUUAGAUUCCAAUGUAAAUGAGGAGUAUCUAAGGCAAACUUUUACUCCUUAUGGAGAAAUUGCCUAUGUGAAGAUUCCUGUAGGCAAGCGUUGUGGAUUUGUUCAAUUUACCAGCAGGUCAUCUGCUGAGGAAGCAAUCCGUAUGCUCAAUGGGAGCCUGAUUGGUGGGCAGAAUGUUCGGCUUUCUUGGGGUCGUAGUCCUCAAAACAAACAGGCUCCCCAGCAAGAUGCCAACAGCCAGUAUAAUGGAAACAACUACUAUGGAUACCAACAGCAAGGUUAUGAAGGUUAUGGCUACAGUGCACCCAAUGCACAAGACUCAAGCGUGCAAAACUACUAUGGAUACCCUGGUUAUGGCAACUAUGAGCAGCAACAACAGCAGGUGGCAGCACCUCAGCAGCAGCCACCGCCAGCACAACCAGCACAGGAGGAGCAGCAGCAGCAGCCUCCACCACCACAACAGCAGCAGCCACAGCCGCAGCAACCCCUGCAGCAGUGACGAACACAGCGGGGAUGAUUGCUUUGUGCACUUUUGGAGCGCUAUCAGCUAUCAGAUUAAUAGUGUAGAGUUACAACUGCAGUUCACUGCACCUCAUGAAUCAUUCCAUAGAUUAGCAGUUAUGUAGUUGCGUGGUCGUGGUUGAACCUGCUCUUAGAGACCAAUGUUAACUAUGAUGGCACUCCUGAUGUUUCUUUUGAAGAUCUUAAUUAUUGAAGUAUAUUGUGCGCCUUUGAGAUUGA